AUGUCUAACCCUACUGCCGCUGCGGAGACUCCAUCUGUAUUGUCUGCUGUUCAUACUCCUGCAUCCUCUUCAAUUGGGUCGACAGACGGAGCCAUCACCGAUGGAGGCAGUGGCGGGCAUACCUCUGGAGGUUCCAAGAGUGAGACUGACCCCGAUCUCAGGCACGCUGGUGAACAUGAGAGAACAAAUCAUGACAACGCUAGUCUAUCGUACGAAUAUGGUCCGGAGCUACUCGAGCGCAACAGGGCCUACAGAGGACUCUUCGAAUCCUACAAACUUCUUCGAUCGUGCGUGGAAUCGGGCACAUCCCCUUCAGUAGAGUUGAAAUCGACAUAUGAUCGGGCUCAAGCGAAUCUCCAAGCAGUGAUUAGAAAACAUAGACCCUGCAAUACUGGGUGGGUCCCACCGGGGGGUAUGGAAGAGACCUGGUCUAGAUGGGGUAAUGGAACUACCCAUGCACCUACUUCAGAGCUCUAUGAGGAGGCUAAAUCACAAUAUGAUAAGUUGACGAAUGCGUUGUAG